AUGCAACCAGUACCUCCCUCUCCUUUUGGAGCUUCGGCCGUUUCCGCUACUGUGGGCGCGGGGAUCGAAAGCUCGUUUCACGUCACAGAAACCAUCGAGGAGAAAGAAGAGAGCGAGCAGUCCCUCGGUCAGGAGUCGGAAGAGGGUAUCACCCACAAAGAUAAACAGAGGAUUGCUUCUCUAGCAAGAAGUCUGUCGCAUCUGUCCGAAAAGAGUACCAUCGGCGAGGGCACCGAUACCUUCUCCAAAGAGCCCAGCGACCCUCAGCUGAAUCCUAGCUCAGACCAAUUCAAUGCGCGCAAAUGGACCAAGAAUCUACUCCGGAUUACAUCCCGCGACCCAGACAGAUACCCUCGUCGCACAGCGGGCGUUUCCUUCCGCAAUCUCAACGCUUUUGGCUACGGAACCGCGGCGGACUAUCAGGCAAAUGUAGCUAAUAUGUGGCUGAAAGGUUUUGACUGGCUGAAGGGCGUAUUGGGUCACCGGCACAAGGUCAGGAUCGAUAUUCUCCGCAACUUUGAGGGGCUUGUGCGCAGUGGUGAGAUGCUCGUCGUGCUUGGCCGCCCUGGAAGUGGCUGCUCGACAUUCCUCAAGACGAUCGCGGGGGAAACACAUGGGCUGUGGCUCGAGGAAGGAACCGACAUCCAGUAUCAAGGCAUUUCUUGGAAUGAAAUGCACAGUCGUUUCCGCGGAGAGGUGAUCUACCAGGCCGAAACAGAGACACAUUUCCCGCAACUUACUGUGGGAGACACGUUGCAUUUCGCAGCCCAUGCUCGAGCACCAUCCAAUCGUUUUCCGGGCGUUACACGUGAACAAUAUGCUACCCACAUGCGAGACGUAGUUAUGGCGAUGCUGGGGCUGAGCCACACACUGAACACGCAAAUUGGUAACGAGUACAUUCGAGGCGUAUCGGGAGGAGAAAGAAAACGAGUCAGCAUAGCCGAGACAAUGCUGUGUGGCAGCCCGUUGCAAUGCUGGGACAAUAGCACGCGAGGUUUGGACUCCUCUACAGCUCUCGAAUUUGUGCGACGAUUGCGGGUUUCUACCGACUACACCGGAUCAACAGCCAUCGUGGCCAUCUACCAGGCCAGUCAGGCUAUCUAUGACAUCUUCGAUAAAGUGACCGUUCUAUAUGAAGGUCGCCAAAUAUACUUCGGCCAUGCAGAUGACGCUAAGCGGUUCUUUGUGGACAUGGGGUUUGAUUGUCCUGAUAGGCAAACCACAGCAGACUUUCUCACCUCGCUAACCAGUCCUACGGAGCGGAAAGCUCGCGAAGGGUUUGAACACCUGGUUCCCCGGACACCCGACGAAUUUGCCUCUCGAUGGAAAGAGAGUGCGGAAAGAAAGCAACUUCUUGCCGAUAUCGAGGCUUUUCAGGCUGAAUUCCCUCUAGAAGGAGACAAAUACGAAGAGUUCUCGCGGUCCCGCGCGGCCGAGAAGGCAAAAGGAACAAGAGCCAAGUCCCCUUAUACACUGUCUUACCCUAUGCAGAUUCGCCUGUGUCUUCGACGAGGUAUGCAGCGCUUGAGGGGAGAUAUGACCAUGACUCUUACCUCAGUUAUUGGAAACAGCAUCAUGGCCUUGGUUGUUGCCAGUGUAUUCUAUAAUUUGGACACCACUACCAACAGCUUUUUUCAGCGUGGCGCCCUCCUAUUUUUUGCCAUCCUUCUCAACGCGUUUGCGAGUGCCUUGGAGAUUCUGACUCUGUGGCAACAGCGACCGAUCGUGGAGAAACAUGAUAAAUAUGCGCUCUACCACCCGUCUGCGGAAGCAAUCAGUUCCAUGCUAGUGGACUUGCCGUCGAAACUCAUAGUGUCGGUGGUUUUCAACAUAAUCCUCUAUUUCAUGUCUAAUCUACGCCGUACGGCGGGUCACUUCUUUGUGUUUUAUCUCUUCUCCGUCACUGUGACGCUCACCAUGUCCAACAUCUUCCGCUUUACUGGCGCCGUCUCGCGGUCUAUGGCUCAAGCGAUGGUCCCAUCGUCCAUCUUCAUGAUGAUCCUUGUCAUCUACACAGGUUUCACAAUUCCAGUGCGAGACAUGCAUCCUUGGUUCCGGUGGUUGAACUACCUGAACCCGAUUGGCUAUGCCUUCGAAAGCCUGAUGAUCAACGAAUUCAGUGACCGCCAAUUUCCCUGUGCACUCUACGUCCCUUCUUAUAGUGAUGCACCCCUGAGCUCCAAGAUCUGUAGCGUUAACGGCGCAAUCGCGGGACAAGGCUUCGUCGAUGGGGACAGAUUCAUCAAUGUCACUUACCAGUACUAUCGCUCGCACUUGUGGCGCAACUACGGCAUUAUCUGGGCAUUCCUUCUGUUCUCCCUAGCCUGCUACGUCGUCAGCAGCGAGCUGGUUCGCGCCAAGCCAUCAAAAGGUGAGAUCCUCGUUUUCCCGCGGGGGAAGAUGCCGGCAUUCAUCAAAAAGAAACAACCGGGCAUCAGCAGCGACGUAGAGAGCCACGCGCCAAUGGCCGAAGAGAACCGGCUAGCUGCAGAGAAGAAUCACGAUCCGGACCAAGAUACUGCAGCGAUUGUUAAGCAAACAUCGAUCUUUCAAUGGCAAGAUGUCUGUUACAAUAUCAAGAUCAAGGGCCAAAACCGCACCAUUCUCGACCACGUCGACGGAUGGGUUCAGCCCGGAACGCUGACAGCGCUGAUGGGCGUGACGGGCGCUGGAAAGACCUCUUUGCUCGAUGUGCUGGCAAACCGCGUUACCAUGGGCGUCGUGACGGGCGAAAUGCUGGUCGACGGGCGCAUGCGCAAUAACUCCUUUUCUCGCAAGACGGGCUAUGUUCAACAGCAGGACUUGCACCUAGAGACGAGUACUGUGCGCGAGGCCCUGAUAUUCAGUGCAAUGUUACGCCAGCCGGCCAGUAUCCCGCGUGCGGAAAAGAUCGCAUACGUUGAGGAAGUGAUCAAGAUGCUCAAUAUGGAAGCAUACGCUGAAGCAGUUGUGGGCGUCCUGGGCGAAGGUCUGAACGUUGAACAGCGCAAGCGGCUGACUAUCGGGGUGGAGAUUGCGGCGAAACCAGACCUCCUUCUCUUCUUCGACGAGCCCACUUCAGGUCUUGACAGUCAGACGGCAUGGUCUAUCUGUUCCUUGAUGCGUAAGCUAGCAGACCACGGCCAAGCAAUCUUGUGUACAAUUCACCAGCCGUCGGCGAUCCUCAUGCAAGAGUUCGAUCGACUUCUCUUCCUGGCGAAAGGAGGACGGACCGUCUACUUUGGCGAGCUGGGUCCGAACAUGGAAACACUCAUUAAGUACUUUGAGGACAAGGGAUCCGCAAAGUGUCCACCCAAUGCCAACCCCGCCGAGUGGAUGCUCGAGGUGAUCGGAGCCGCCCCAGGGUCCCAUGCUGAUAAAGACUGGGCCGAUGUCUGGAAUCAGAGCCCCGAGCGCACGCACGUGCGUCACGAACUUGCACAGAUGAAGGCGGAGCUUCUGCAGCGGCCACCCCCUCCGCAAGUGACUGGGUACGGGGAGUUCGCGAUGCCGAUCUGGGCGCAGUUCGUCCUGUGUCUGAAGCGCAUGUUCCAGCAAUACUGGCGCAGCCCGUCGUACAUCUACUCCAAGGCCGCCAUGUGCAUCAUUCCUCCUCUCUUCAUCGGGUUCACCUUCUGGCGCGAGCCGACCAGUAUUCAGGGCAUGCAGAACGAGAUGUUCGCCAUCUUCAUGCUACUAGUGAUCUUCCCCAAUCUCGUGCAGCAGAUGAUGCCAUACUUCGUAAGCCAGCGGUCGUUAUACGAGGUGCGCGAGCGGCCGUCCAAGGCCUACUCGUGGAAAGCGUUCAUGCUCGCCAGCAUCCUCGUCGAGCUCCCUUGGAACAUCCUCAUGGCCGCGCCCGCCUACUUCUCGUGGUACUACCCGAUCGGAUUCUACCGUCACCUCCCCGCGGGCGCGGUGACCGACCGCGGAGGUACCAUGUUCCUGCUGAUCCUGGUCUUCAUGAUGUUCACCUCCACCUUCAGUUCCAUGGUGAUCGCCGGGAUCGAGCAGCCCGAAACCGGCAGCAACGUUGCCCAGCUGUUAUUCUCCUUCUGUUUGAUCUUCAACGGCGUCCUCGCCUCCCCGACCGCGCUCCCCCGCUUCUGGAUCUUCAUGUACCGCGUCUCCCCCUUCACCUACCUCGUCUCUGCGAUCCUCAGCGUGGGCCUAGCCGGCGCCGAGGUCAACUGCUCCGAGAUCGAGCUCCUCCACAUCCCGCCGCCCGCCAACCAGACCUGCGCCGACUACCUCGGGCCCUGGGUUGCAGCCGCCCAGGCCCGCCUCCUUAACCCGUCCGACACGACCACCUGCCGCGUCUGCGCCUACUCGACGACCGACCAGUUCCUGGCCACGCUGAGCAUGUCGUUCGCCGACCGCUGGCGCAACAUCGGCUUGCUGUUCGUGUACGUGGUGUUCAAUGCGGCGGCCGCGGUGUUCCUGUACUGGUUGGUGCGGGUGCCGAAGCGGUGGGGGAAGAAGGUCAAGCAGGAGUGA